AUGGAGAACUCAUGGGGAGAAAUUUGUCCAGGAGUGGAUGCAAAUAGGCUGAAGACGAAGAAGAACAAUGGAUCUACUGAAGAAUCGCAGGAAUUUAUUCCCAACGGUACUACUCUAGAAGAAGAAACAAAGUCCCAGCCUGAUGAAGCUUCAACGCCUAGUUUUACUAAACGCAGUGCAGAGGAAACAGAAGCAGCACAUGACCUACUCUCUCUAUCACAAAGUUUACCACCACUACCAGCACCAAGUGUGGUUAUGAUACACCACACGGUACCUUCUGAAGACGCUCCUCCUAGUCCGACGCAUUGCUAUCGACCUUUGUCGCCGGAAUUAGCAAUGCGGCAAGUAAAACUAGAAGUGACGGAGAGAAGGCAAGUAUCUGUGAUCCAACAUGCUUCAUUAACCCAAACCACACAUUCUGUGAUAGUACCUCAACAAGUCGUACUACCCUGCAUAACAGCUUCUCCGAUAGUGUAUUUGGUGCAAGUUCCGGCAGCAGUUCCUACACCACCAACGUCGGAAUGUUCGUCCGAUGUAGAGAAUUUGCAGCUGUGUACAGUGGAUAAUCUGCACCAAGACGUGACGAUGGUACCCGACUCCAGCGAUGAUAUAAUUAUACUACCCUUAUCACCAGAACCUGAAAACUACGAGCACCAAACACAGCAGACGGUAGUCUCCUCUCAUUUGAGCAUACCCGAUAGGAGAAAGAGAAAAAAUAAACGAACCAAUAGGAACAGGACAAAUACCGAAGAUGAAGAUGAAGGCUUGAUCAUUGAAAAUCAUCUUGAUAGUGUCGUACCAGAGAAUAUAUCCACAAUAAAAACGAAAUUCUACAAGGUGGUAGAUGACGACGAAGACCAAGAAAUAGACGUCGAGUCAACCGAAGACAUCCAAAAAAGCAGGUACAUCUGCGGCGAGUGCGGAAAACAAUACGCGACGUCGAGCAACCUUUCCCGACACAAACAAACCCACCGCAGUCUCGACUCCCAGUCUGCGAAAAAAUGCGUAACCUGCGGCAAGGCCUACGUGAGUAUGCCAGCUCUAGCCAUGCAUCUACUCACCCACAAGCUAGCCCACAGCUGCGGCAUCUGCGGCAAGCAAUUCUCCAGGCCUUGGUUGCUCCAAGGCCACCUUCGAUCGCAUACGGGCGAGAAACCGUACGGAUGCGCGCAUUGCGGUAAAGCGUUCGCGGAUAGAUCUAACUUGCGGGCGCACAUGCAGACGCACUCUAACGACAAGAACUUCAGUUGUAAUAAGUGUAACAAAACGUUCGCGUUGAAGUCUUAUCUGAACAAACACCUGGAGUCUUCUUGUAUGAUGUGGGAUUCAAAAACGCAGAAGUAUAAGAAGACAGUACAUGCCGAAACGCAGACCCUCACGGUGAAGGUUGACUAAAAAUAAGUACAUAUUGAUAUUUUGAAUAAUUUAUUAUUUAUUGACUGAAGUAUUCUCAAAUAUUGCUUUGGCCUUGGAGGACGGUUAUAUAUUAAGAUAUUGUUGUUUUAUUUAAAAUUUUAUUUAUGUUAUAAAUGAUCGAUAUUAUGUCUGUAGUACCGGGUCAAACAUUCUAUCCAGUUAUACUCUGGACUAAUUAGCAAAAUUCAUGGAAAAGUUAUUUACCAGCAAUUUUAUUGCUGGAAUCGAAUUAUAAGAUCCUAUAUAUUAAUAAUAUAGGUAUGCAAAGUCCGCAGAUAGUGUGCUACUUUUUUAUAAACAAAAUGGCGCCGACAAAUCGUAUUUUUUUCAAUUAUUGCUCUAUAACUCCGAAGAUUUUAACUUUACAACAAAAACACCUUAACAAAAAUUCACCGCAAUUAAAUUCUGCAUAGAGAAAUGUUUUUCACGAUUUGCU